GUGCGGCGUUUUUCACUGCCGCCGCCGGGACUGCAUCAAUCUUCCCGCUCGACUCGGCCUGCAGCGGUGGCGGUACCGGGUCGUCUGCAGUUCAGGCCAAGCCAUGGAAAGGGAAAGCAUUGAUGAAGUACGUGGUCAAGUACCGUCCCAAGGUCAAGGGCAAAGUGAUCGGCGACAAAGGGGCAUCUGCGAAACUUGUGAUCACGGGGUUGAUGUACUCAUCAACUUUGUACAACAUCAGAAUUCGUUUCCACGCGUCAAACUUAAAUUCUGGUGGGGCAGCCCCCAUUGUCGGCGGCAGUGCCACUUCCUGCACUUCUCCCACAACAGUUUCCUUCGGCUAUACUAUGGUUAACAUCACGAGUAACAAGGUCGGUCGUCGCAAGCGCUACAGCUUCAAGUAUUUGGGUGAAACAGACCAAUCGUGUAAGGUUGCUGAUCUUCGUAGUCAGGUCGCCCUUACGGUGUCCCGACUAGGCAAAUACAGUAAGGUGUUUCAUGCCAAGAACCUUAAUGCACUCUGUGGGAAGAUACGCAAGGUGAAGUAG